UCCAUGAGUGUGGAAGACAAUGAAGGUGAAGGAUUUAAUUUACUAGCUGAUAACAAAAACUCAUACUAUCCCAACCAAAAGGACAUGAAUGAUUUGAUCAGAGAUCUUGGUCUAACCAAGUCCGAUGCUGAACUUUUGACGUCCAGACUGAUGCAGUGGAAUUUGCUGGAUCCUAGUGUUAAAGUCACAUGUCAGAGGAAGCGUCACGAACGAUACCAAGGACAAUACAAUGAGAACAUGAUGGGAGAUUACAUUUGGGGAUUGAUUAGAGAAAGUGACUCGCAGUUUAAACGCAAAUGUCGAAAAACCACCCGCUUCUGAUUUACUUUUAUGUUUUUGGUUUUCUGAAGUUUUAAUAAAAUUUAGUUUUGAUUUAUA